UGCAGAGGCGGCGGCGUUGGCUGCCGCUGCAGUUUGAGCCAGCUCCCUGGGACUCGGACCUCAGACCCCACCCUAGCCACUGCAGGCUCCUUACCCGCCCUAGGAGGCAACAUCAUGGACCUGACCGUGAGGCAGCUUCUGUGCGAUGCAGAGCAGCGCAGAGAUGUUGAGGCCCUGCAGAAAGCUUACCAGCUAAUCAGGAUGGCCAGUGAGGGCCAGUGCGCUCUGGACAGCUCGGAGAGCUUCAGCCUAGAGCUGGCCGUUCUGUGUGCCGAACAGGCCCUACAGAUGAAGCUUCCCGAGAUCACAGAAGACUGUGUGAAUCUGUAUUUCAAGGGGAUGCCUCCCUCCAGCCAGUUCAGGGGCAGAGCAUACCUGUGCCAGGCCCAGCUGUAUACGCCGGAAUCCCUGGAAAAGCUGGAUGAAUUUGAGAAGAGUGUGACUCAGUUCAUGAAGGCUGUCCUGUUUGGGAGUGAAGAUCCCAGAUACUAUUUUCUGGUCUACAACGCAUCUGUCCUGUACUGGAAGAUGGCCAGGGCCUUCCUGAAGCCUGGCCACCGUCAGUAUUUGAUCCCGAGCCUGGCCCAGAUUGUUGACGCAUUGGAGCAGAUCAAUGAGGAAGACAAAGAUUGGGUAGCGGAGCUCAUGAUAGAGCUCUUGGAAUGUUAUCUGGAGGCUGGCAAAAUGGAGGCUGCUGCGAAAUUCUGUGCUAACGCUGCCCUGUUUAUUAAGAUGAACGCCCCACACAGAUACCAACGCAUAUUUUCCAUCAUGGUGCAGCACAAGCUCAUGGACGAGACAAAAAUAAAGGAAGAAAUGAAAGACUCCAUCAGCUUGUCCAUCCUUUUUAACAUUUACACGUUAAAAUCGCAGGCAAACAAGAAACUGCCCCUGCAGGAAACUAACGAGUACCUGAAGGAGGCCUAUGACCUCCUACAGCAGUAUCAGGACCAGAAAUCCAUCCAGGAUGAAAAGAUCCCGCUGCUCUUACAAUUAGCCCGUCUUUCAUUGAGCUUGAAAUGCGUCGAGAUUUCCAGCACCUGCGUCAGAGACCUGAAAGCCAUGAAACAGACGGACCCCGGGAGAAUGAUUGAGGUGGAGUGCCUGGAGUAUGAACUGGAAAUCCUGAGGAUUGACAGCAAAGUUAAGGCCUAUACACACAGCGCUGUUGAGACCCAGCUGAACGUGAUCAAGAGGCUGAACUCGGCCUUGCUCCGCGCCAGCCGCCUCAAAGACCCCGAUGUGAUGCAGGUGGUGUGCGCCACCCAGUGGAACCUGUGCCUGCCUCUGCUGCAGCACAACCUGCGCGGUCACCUGCUCAAGCCCUUGAUCCAGGUGGCCGAGAUCCUGGAGAAGAUGGACAGCUUGAUGACUGUGAUGCGCUGCCAGGUCCACAUUGAAAUCUCCCACAUUGAGGAGGAUGAGGACAGGCUAGAGGUGGCAAUGGAGCACCUCCAGAAGGCAAUGCGUCUGGAUUACCUGGGGGAAUACCAAGAACAUCUCAAAAUGGCAUACAACCGCCUCCACCUGCGAUCCAUGUUGUACCACGUACCCAAGCGUAUGGAAGACAAGGCUAUCAUGGCCAUUGAACAGGCGAAAAAAGCAAAACCCAAAGACAGCGUGAGGAAAAAACGGGCUCUGCUGGUGAACGUGGGCCUGGCAUUGGCACCAGACGCUUUUCAAAUUGUUCUGGAUGGCGAGAAUGAGGCCAAAGUGUCGGCCGGUAAGAGCAGGAGACAAAUCAGCUUCCUCUGCGCCAAGGCCCGCCAUCACAUGUCGAGCAUAGACAAAGCCGAUGGCCAUCUGAAGAGGCUGAAGCUGGACAACCGGGAGGAGAGGAUCUACAUUUGGGCCGAUUUAGCUAAGGUGGCCCGGAAGCAAGGCGUGUGGGACGUGUGCCGGACUGCCUGCAGAUUCUGCCUUCUCUAUGACGUAAUGGCCAAGAAGAUAUCCAAGGUCAGGAAAGGAGGAGUGAGGAAAAGGAAGCCAUGGCCUGAGCUCUUCCUGGACAUCCCGAGCUCUUCAGAGGUGGCGCUGAGCCCCAGGAUCAUGGUGGUGGAUAUCCAGCGCACCUUUGCUGAAGUAGGCUUCAUCAACGCCGAGGCCAUCAUCCACUUCCUUCAGUCAGAGGGCAUCGCACUGAAUGACCGGCCCAUCCCCCCAGAAACCUCAGUCCAGCACCACUCCAGCAACACCAUGGUUCCCCCAGAGGAGGACGCCGAGUGGCUUACCUACAGCUCCUGGAUCGAAAACCUAUCUCAGUACACGAUGAGGAAUUGGCUGCGGUCAGCAGAGAUCGGGCAGGAGAUCAACGAGGCCUGGCUGGUCCACAACACAGUAGUUUAUGUCCUCAACCACAACCAUCACCUGAUCACUGCUGGCCGGCAGAGAGAGCUGGUGGACCUGCUGCAGAGCCUGCUGAACAUCAUGAAAAUCACGGGCCACAAUGGGGACACCGUCACGUUGGUGUUGCUGUGCAAUGCCCUGGCUCGGGGACUCAUCCUUUCCUGGAUUCCCUCACAUACAUCAGAUAGGGGCCGAAGGUUUUUGAAGUCAGCCCAGACUCAUGUGGCUCCCCUGGAGUGGAACGCCAUUUCUGAGGUUAAAAUGGCCAUUGAGGUUUGUGACUUUGGUCUCACUCUGACCAAUGGGAAUUUGCCUCAAGAGAUAGUACCCAUCGGCAUCCGGCAGCAGCUCAUUGCCACCUGGGUCAAAGCCAAGCAGCUGGUUCAGCAGCAAAUCGGCAGCAAACUGGGCACAGAUGAGGAGAGCCUAAAUGAAAGCCAGGGGCGAAUGACCAAGGUGCUGGUUGCCUUGGAGAUGUACUCUUGCAAUGGGCUAGGCCUCAUGGACUUCAACCUGCCCUCCUUAACCCAGGUGCUGAGGCUGGUCUCAGAGUGCGUGUGGACAGAUCCCCUCAUGGAAAUCCAGACCCUGGUCCGACUGGCACAUUUUGCUUAUAUGUUACGUGAUCAUGAAAACGUGAUGGCUUUGUCCAAGAAAGUCCUGAGUAAGGGCGAGAAAUCCUUGGAGAACCAACAGGAAGUCAAGUCUUCAGAUAAAAACGACAACUUGUUUCGAGCUGAAUUACUGAGCGCUCUGCUGUGUACCCAAGGGAAAAGUACGAUGGAGAACUUGGCAGGAAGGAGGCAAUUACGCCAGCAGGCAGCCAAGGCCUUUCUGGGCAGCAUUAGGUAUGCGGGCUUGGCAGAGAACUACACCUUGGUGAUGCAAUCAACCCGCCAUUACUGGAACACCUGCUUGCCAUUCUUCAGCUCCCCCUUCUGCCGGAAGAAGCUGAAACAAUCGGUCCAGCUGAUCCUCAAAAUCAUCAACAAGACGGAAAACAAAACCCAGGGGAAGGAAAAGUCUUUGAUUCUGCACCAGUGGCCCAGCAUGGACCUUCAGUACAGCGGAAACACUGACGGUCACUUCCAAGGAGGUACUGAUGAUGACAUCACCCUGAAAAUGGCCCUGUACAGGCUCUUGUUCUACAUGUAUACCGACCAGAAUGACCUGCUGGGUGGACUCCGGCUGUUGGAGGAAGCUAUACAAGUUCUGCCCCGCACAGGGCACCGGCUUUUAAUUUUCAAACACAUGGUGAUGGUGAAGGCCAGGCUGGGCCAGAACUUCUCGAUGGAGAUCCAGAAGUUCAAGGACACCAGUGAGGACUACUUGUCCUACAUGUGGCACUGCCUAGCCUUCAGCUCCAAGGACCUCCUGGGGAGUCUUUAUUGCUACCACAAUGCCAUCCACGCGCUGCAGAAACCCGAGGGCACCUGGAAGAAGAUCUAUUACCUGAUGGAGUUUUCUGAGUGGCUGUACUGCAAUCACUUUCCUCUGAACAACAUCACAUUCCACCUGGAUUGGGCCAUUGACCUCCUCCUUAGCAUGAGGACACCACGUUGCCCAAGCAAGGAGAUGUACUCUUCGCCGAUCCCAAUGGAGGAUGCUGGUGUGGAGGAGGAGGCUGACUUGGACAAAACAUCUUCAAACCAAGAGGGACUGUUGCAAGUGUCUUCUGAGGCAGUUCCAAAGGUGACACUGGAGACCUUAACCAAUGUGAGGCAGCUGGAGUCACUAGCCUAUGCCCACACACUCCUGGCGCUAGUGUUGGGGAGCGGGUCUUCCCGAUAUGAGGAGAAUUGUUUGAUGGCAUACAGAUACAUCAUGCGCAUUUGGGAGGUCUCCUUAGAAACAGUGGGGAAUGUUCUUCAAACCUUCCAAGAAAGCCCACCAGAACCGAGUGUACAAUCUACAUCCCUUAAAAAGGAAAAAGAGAAGAAAAAGGAGAAGGGCAAGGACAAAGAUAAAAACAAGCAGAAGGAGAAAAAUCUCAGCCAAGAGCUGUUGAGGAUGCAGCUGAUAAUGGCCAAUAAACCAAUCGAGGCUUUGCCAGCCAGUGUGGAAGAGUGGGCUUUCUACCACUGCCACAAGGAUGUGAUCGCCCUCUUCAUCCAGGAUGCCAGUGACUCCACCAUCAAUAAGAACACAGUCCUGAGGCCUAGUUUCAGCCUGUACUACCUGGACCAUCUGGUAAAGGCACUGAAUUCACUUUAUCUCGUCCACCUCACGCUUCCCAUCCUCCAGUAUGCUGUGGUGAUUUCUGACCUAAUUAUGGAAAGUAAAACUGUCUCCGACCUCUACCACCUCAGGCUGGCUCUGGCCUGCUCCCAGUUGCGGUUAUCAGAAGCAGCAGCCUUCCAUGAAGAAAUUGUGGGAGGUGUCUACAUCAAUGAGCUGGAGCAAGCCAGUUGUAGAAAUGAAGUUCGAUUGAGGAAAGAGAAAAGAAGUGAAUUUCUGAAGGAAGCGGCCAGUGAAGAGAACAGGCCCGUGAAUCAGAGCAGGCCCGCGCCUGAGGUUCUAGAGGCCAAGGACAAGGUUUUAGAGAUCAAUGAGCAGACAAGGAAAGGACUGCAGGGUAUUUCCUUCCCAUAUCUGUGGAUGUACAAGGCUGAAGUACUUCUGGAGAUGGACUCUUAUCAGCCUGCCUGGCUGCUCCUCGCAGAAGCCCAGGUUGCUUUUCGGGAACUUAGGGAUACAUGUGCAGAGGCAAAGAGCCUCUAUCUUCUAGCUGAACUUGCAAAGAAAGAAUUAAAAUAUGAACAGGCCAAGAAAAUGAUUGAGAAGGCCCAGAUCCUGGGAGGAAGUGAAGAAUUCUGGUAUUACUCAACAAUAGCACUGAUUGAGACCCUCUUGGCACAAGAAAGAGGAAGAGAAUCUCUAAUUCCUAACAUUAUCCAGAAGACGAUCGAUGUUUUCCUCUCUCUGAUCCAAGAAAGACCCAACAGGAAGUCCAUCCUGAAGUUCUUAGCCACAUCUCUGGAAGCCAGGAGUGCAGAAAUUCAGCUGAAUAUUGUCUUGGACUCAGCCGAAGAUGGUGAUCCUUUCGACUUUUCAUACUUGCUAGAGGCUAUCAAUAACAGGAUGGUAAAAAUUGAGAAAAGCUUUUUUGAUGAUGGUUAUAAAGACCACUGUGUGGAUCUAAUCCUCCAUUCUGCCAGGAUCAAGAGGUUAUUUGCCAAAUAUGAGGCUGAUGAAAAAGCAAAGGUCUGCUAUUAUUUAGAAGCCUAUAACUUGACCCAGAAAGCUAUUAUGUAUCUAGAAGAAAUAUUUUGUAAUAUUCAGUCCCUGCUGCCACUUAAUGAGACUCAGAAUAUCAGCACUCCUCUAAUGAGGAAGCUCGCCAACGUCAAGCUAAAACUGGUUGAAAUCUCUCUGGAGAUAAUUCAGUAUAAUCAGGAAAAAGCCCUGCAGGAAGAAAUGAAAAAAGGGACAUGGGAAAAAAUCCUGGCUGACUACUUGUUGAGCACCAGUGACUUCACCAAAUUGGAAUGGGAAUGGUUCAACCUGAAACGGACUGCGGCCCACAGAGCUCUGGCCCACUUGGAGAGCAUGCAGCACUUCUGCACUGGAUGCACUGAACUUCGAGCAAAAUUCUUGUACUUCACUGGAAAAACCCUCCAUCUCCUGGCUCUUCAGACUGACCCCGUUCAUUUGGCUCAUUACUGGGAUGAAAACUUCUUGUUGGAUUCUAGAGUGAUGGCCAUGACAUCUUUGGAGACGGACAAAGAGGAGACUGAAGCCGAGUCAAGGUUGAAGCCAAACCUUCUGGACACUUCCCAAAAUGAAGACCAGAUCCAGAAAGCCAGAGAACUAAAGGUAUUUGGGAAGAGGUUUGCAUUGGCCCAGAAAUUCCGCUCCCAGGCUUCUGAGGUUCUCCUUCAGUGCCUGCAAAUCAGUCUCAACAAUAACUUGAUCAGCAUUACAGCCCAAGCUAGCCUAGAGAUGGUGGAAAGCAUCGGUGUCAUGGAUCAACCUUCUGCCUGCCAGUUCUUGGCUCUUUACCAGAGCUGCUCAGCAUCCCUGGCCAUGAGGAAGCUCCUGUUCUCGGUCACAACCAACACCAGCAGCUCCCAGCUGGCAGCCCUGCUCCAACUUCACCAAAAGCUGCAGCAGCAAGGGAAGACCAGCACGGCCCUGUUUCAGAGUGUGGAGCAGAAACUCGGGCAGAUCUCCAAGGCCUGGCAGAAUCUCUGUGUUUCUGAGCAGCAUUUCAAUAUUCUGAAUGACCUCCCUCCAAGCUAUCGGAUCGUUAUUCUCCAGCACUCAGCAGACAGGUCAAUCUUGUAUGGCAUGGUGUACGAGAAGCCAAAAUUUGGCCCUGGACCUAAGGGGAAGAUCGUUCAGAUCAGCGGCCAGUGCCAGGUCUUCCGGGCCCACAAGGACCCCACCACCAUCUCCCAGUUGCUGAGGGCCAUGAAUAGUUUUAAGGAGGAGCUUGUUCGUUCUUUCCCUGAUGGGAUGGCAUUGGAAGUACGAAGUUCUAUGACCAAAGAGGAUGAAAAGCUAAUCCAGAUGUUCAACAACAUUUCAAAAUCCUUGGAGACAUAUCUGAAGCCAGUAUUCGCAGCUACCCACCACUGGGACAUCAGAAUCCAGGGUGAAGGAGGAAAAAAGAUGAAGGAAAAGGAACAGAAGCCUCCGCCAGUAACACAAGACAACUCAGGCCCUCCGGCGGAGAUGGCGGAGUAUUUGGUCCUCAUCAUGGACCGGCUGCUGCUGGAGUUACCUCUGGAAGUGGCCUGGGCCUUCGAAAAUGGGAACAUCACCUCUGUGUCUCGAGAACUGUCCCUGCAGAUGCUGGCCAAUCGCCUAGACAAAGAGGAACCAGAAGUUUCCAAGAAAGAAGGUAAAAGUGGCAAAGAUGCCAAGCAGAAGAGUAAAAAGUUCAGCAAGAAGUCAAGCCGGGUCAUGCCGGCCAACUGCAUCCCUGUGGAAACGAGCAAUUUCAAAUAUAUAGUGGACCCAUUUGAGGAAGCCAAGGCAAGCUCAGAGGCCAUCACUCCUGUCUUCAAAAUGCGUGAAAUUCUGGACAAAUACCGUGACCCCUACACCGGACGAUGGUCUGGCUUUCUGGGAAGUAAAAACUUUCCAAGCCAAGCAGACUGGGAGCAAUGCUUGAGCAGCUGCAGCGGGUUCUUCUUCUACGGCAUGGAAAACUUGCUGUCUCACAUGCUUGUAGAUAGUCUGAUCACCAUGAACCUGCAAGAAUGCCAGAUGAUAAUUCUACUGAACUUGACGAAAACAGUGUACAGCAGCCAGAGGCAGGCCAAGUUUGACGAAAUCCUGAGACCAUCCCAGCUAUUGUUGCACAAUCCAGUGGACACCGCCAUCCUGCUAAGCCUCACCGGUGUCCGUUGUGUAAUGAGCAACCAGUGGCCCACGUAUUUGUACUACAACGCCAGGCGGGCAGACCUCCUUUGCGAGGACUUGCUGAGAACUGGCAAGCCAAGCGGGAAAGCCGUCUACCAUCUCCUGAAGACAGGCUUAGCUGAAGCCGGGAAGGAGCCUAGACAUCAGGCGUCGGAGCAGGGCAGUGGGAAGCACCAGGCAGUUGCUGCGAGGCUCUUCCGAGGUGAACAAAGCCUGGCUCCUGUGUCCCUGUUUGCAGGACACUCUCCUAGAGCUUCUAGAGAAAAAGUCUCUGACCAUAGUGCCUCAGCGCUCGCCACCAGAGUUGUGUUUAUACCGCCCUGGACAAAUUUCAACUUUGUGCUUUUUGGACUCCCAAACCUCUUCAUUGUCUAAGCCCGCCUUGACCCCAUGGCUGGAAGCCCAGGCCCUGGAUCAAUGUCUGCAGCCCCACCAACUUCCUUUGAAAAGGGAUCUGUGUGCCCCUCAUGAAAUGGGACUCCGCUGCCCCCUCUUCUGCUCUCCCUUUUUGGAACCACCGUCGGCCAGCUCCCCCUCUGACCCAGCUGCCGUGGGGUCUGGCUCCAGUGCCGAGCUCCUCUCCUCUUCCUCCUCCCUGCUGAUUCAGUCCCUAAGCCCCAGAUCUGCCCCCGGCACCUGGCAGGCCACUUCCUGCUGCAGCCUCAGCAGCAAUGCUUAGUCUGGGGGCCCAGGGAGCAUCCCAGGGCCUGGGGAUCAAACAUCAGUGGGUCAGAAUGGGCAGGGGCAGGGCGAGCUUGGAGGGAGGGCUGCAGAGUAAAGAAGGAAAACAGAGAGGUGGGACACAAGGCCCUGGGAGCUGGGGGUUCAGGACAGAGGCCUUGUCUGCUAGGCACAGAGGGAGGGUGGCCAUGGCCUCGUGCCCCCUGAGCCUUUCCCAGACUGAGUUCCCCAGGUUUCUGCAGCUCAUCUCCCCACGCACACACAUACAUUCUGAUGCUUUUCAUCCAGUAGAGUCAGGAAGAAGUCUGGGUUUAUGAGCACUACUAUAAAUAAAGCCUAGUUGGGUCAUUGAA